AUGAGACGAGUUACGGCAGGUGGAAGCGCAGGUGAUGGGAAAUCGCAGGAGCAGCAGAACAGUCGGGCGCUGCCACGGCUUCCCUCGUCAUCCCUCUCGCAUGGGGUUGUUGCACAGCGGACGCCUGCGCAGUAUGGCGUCGUGAGAGAGAGCGAUGAGGUGCAUGAGGAGAUACGCGACCUCUCCAGCCGUGUGAAGAGAGUGAUCGAAAACAAAUUCCAGAAACACGCAACGUCGGAGGAACAAGUCCUUCAGGGUAUCCGACGCUUCGGUCCCUCUGCGCAGUCGAAGAAAGUUCUCAACCGUGAGAAUGAUGCAGCGAUGAUGGCGCUAAAGACCGGUGUAUAUGCGGUGUGGCGAUGCGAGCAGCCGAAACUGUCGGGAUCUAACACGGACUUUUGCACACGGCUUGGCUACCAGCACCGGUGUUUUUGCAAUCAUUCCCUCGAGGAGCAUGUCCCGCCGAAACCAUCGCGUAGCCGCGUUCCCGCCCCCCGCUGCAAACUAUGUGGGUGCAGUGGCUUCAAUUACAUGCCGAAUGAACCGGAGGAAAUUGGUGAAGGUUGGCUGACGCGCCGCCGCAACUGGGACCCGUCACAAUGGUCCGCCAAAUGCCGCUGCGGCCACGGUCACAAACAGCACGACCCGCAGACGCGGUCGUGCAAGCAGUGUGGGUGUAGCAUGUUUACUAGUCAUUUCCUGUGCGUGGUGUGCGACCGUGAUGGCGAGGCGCACUCCACGGUCUUUGAGUUGGAGGAGGAGCGCGCCAAGAAGGGGCUGCCGGUGCGUGAGGCGUACUUCCCCCUCGGCACACUCGAGUGGUCGGUGCGGGAGUUGGUGCUCGAAGAUCCGACCGGUGGAGGCGCGCUGACGGCUCCCCCACAGUCGGUGCUACCACGCCUGGGGGCCGGCACAGAGACUGUACCCCAGAUCCCGCAGCACUGCGACGCGUGUGCGGCGGUAUUCCGCUCUGCCCAGAGCAAAUUCUGUUCCAAGUGCGGCAAACCCCGCCAGUAA